AAUUUUGUUCCUAUAAUCGAACUUGUCUCUUUACUAAUUAUUUCUUAUCUGUCACUGUGUGAAUUUUCGCUUUUAAUGUUCGAAUCCUUGCAACUUGCCUCUAAGCCAGAUAAAUCACUUAGUUCAAGUUCUUCUCAG